UGGUUUCGUAUAUUUUUGACAUCCUAACUCGCACAAAGCCCUAUAUAUGCUCCCACCGAAGGCCUGGACUCUUGCCUUGCUCAGACAUCACUUCUCUUCUAUCGGCCGGUGUAGGCAUCUGUACGUCGACAUUGGUGGGCGUCGCUUGGUGCUGAGGUGCAGAAAUGGCUGGAAACAUUGUAUUCAACGAGAAUGAAGAAUUUGUGUACAGAAUUAGCACUGCUGAAGAGUGGUCAGAACUGCAAACAAGUGGAUGUACAUUCGGUCAACAAUUAGACAAAGAUUCUGGCUUUAUCCAUCUCAGUAAGCUCAAUCAGGUAAAGUGGGUCUUAGAAUCCUUCUACCUGAAUUUUACAAAGGAUCUUUUCCUGCUUCAGAUUGAUUGUAAAAAGCUUGGCGAUGGAUUGAUUUAUGAAGAUGUGGAUGGGUCCAACGUGUUUCCACAUUUCUAUGGCCCAUCUCGAAGUUUUGUUCCUCUCACUCUUGACAUGGUUGUGAAAUCCGAGGGACUAAUUUUGUCAAAUGGCAAAUUUGUUUGUAGCAUGUUGAAUUAGGAAUGGAAGCUACUUUUAAAUAUAAUGUUUUAUUAUAUAUUUUUAUAACGUGAACAAAAGUUAUUUUACCUACAUGUUCUAAUGUUUAGUCAAAAAUCUUGUUUAAGUCACGUGUGUUUGAUCUACAAUAUAGAUAUUUUUUUUCGUA